GCGGGGCGCGGCCGCCGCGGCCAAUGGCGCAGGCGGCGGGAAAGACGAGCGCGGGCGCGCGGGGCCCGCAGGCCGCGGGCGGGGACGUCCCCGGGGCCGAGUCCGGCACGGAGCUCCUUGCCCGGCUUGAAGGCCGAAGCUCCCUGAAGGAGAUCGACCCGACCCUGUUUGCUGCCGAAGACUCGCAGGACCACGGCGCCGUGGUGGAGCUGCACGGCCCCGAGGGCGCGGGGAAGACGGAGCUGCUGUACCGCGUGACCGCGCGCUGCCUGCUGCCCCGUGAGGCGGGCGGCCUGGGCGCCGAGGCGCUGUUCCUGGACGCGGACGGCCACUUCGACCUGCUGCGGCUGGUGGCCGUGCUGGAGCGCGGGGGCGCCGAGGAGCUGGUGCGCGGCUGCCUGGGCCGCCUCUGGGUGCUGCGGUGCGCCAGCAGCGCCCAGCUCCUGCUCACGCUGCACGCGCUGCCCGCCCUGCUGUGCCGCCGGCCCGCGCUCGGCCUGCUGGCCCUGGACGGGCUCUCGGCCUUCUACUGGCUGGACCGUGCGGGCGGCGGCGAGAGCGCGCGCCUGCAGGAGGCGCCGCUGCGCCAGUGCGUGCAGCUGCUGCAGCGCCUGGCCGCCGCCCACCGCCUGCAGCUGUUCGUCACCACGCAGAGCCUCCUGCAGCCGCGGCCCCCGCCCGCCGCCGGGGACCCCGGCCACCGGCCCUACCUGUGCCAGGCCUGGCGGCGGGCCGUGACCCACCGGCUGCUCCUCUCCCGGCACGGCGACGGUGACGGUGACGCCGGCCCGCGGUUCUCGGUCCUCGUGCGGCACCUGCGGAGCGGCGCCUCCCGGAGACUGGCCUUCACCGUGGGGGACGGCGGGCUGCAGUUCUGCGGGCAGGAUGUCCGGACUCCGCCGGCUGGCCAGUGCCGGGUGGACGCUGUGCAGCCUGAACCGAGUGGGCGUCCAUAGCUCCUGCCGCCUCGUCCAGCCCGGGGACGCGCCCCUGCUCCUGGGCGUGGGCCCUGGGCGAUGUUUCUGGCCAAGGCCACUCCUGGAAAGGAACGUCCACCUUCCACGCGGAACAUUCCAGAAGGUCGUGCUCCUGGCCCUGCGUGCGCCGUGUCAGGCUGGAGCCCGGGGCCCCUGCGGCGACUGCCCCAGCCCAGCCCGUGCAGACACAGCCCGUCCUGGCGUUGCUUGGGGGGGCUUCAGGCCAGCCCGCGGUGCUGGGGCUCAGACCCCACCAGCUCCCCCCGGACUGCGCCCGGCCCCUCAGCGCCCUUGUAGAGCACAGAGAUGAGAUGCUCCGUGGGGCACCCUGAGCUGCCGUGGGGGCAGCAGCGUCUCUGCACGGGCGGGAGUUCCCGGGCGAGGGGCAGCGGCCUUGUCUAGUGGCUGCUUCUGCCAUGGGGCAGGUCCGAAGCCCCGAGAGCUGCCCCUGGCCCCCCAGAAACGCCUUCAGGCCCAGCCCCUGGCCAGCAGCCAAGCACAGGAGGCCAGGCUCAGCCCCUGUGCCAUAGAGUGCUCCAAACAGUGCCAGGAGACGCAGGAGCACUGAGCUGAGAGUACCGCUUUGUGCGCCCCUCCAAAGAGAGGCUCAUGGCCCGCCCGGGGAGACCCAGGUUCCAGCCUCACCGCCCCGUGCGGUACUGAGCAGAGACCAGGAGCAGCGCUGAGUGCCGGGGUGGCCCCCCCGCCCCCGCCCAGUCUCAGGCAACGGCCCCACCACCAGCCGUCCCUCUGCCCCCCUGUGGGUCAGGGCGUGUCCCCGUGUCACCGUCGCCCUGUGGCCCCCACACCCCCGUCCGCCCGUGCCUUCCCCGCAUCGCCCCCCCCACCAUGUCCCCGCCCCCAUGCCCCCGCCCCCUCCCCCGCAGUUCGCAUCUUCCCGAACUGCGUCCCCUGCCUCCCCCUGACCCCGCGCGCCGCCCACCGCUCGGCAGGGCCGUCUGCGCUGACCCUCCCUGGUGCCCCUGGCCGUGCCCCGGGCCGCCGGCGCACACUCCGUGCCCCACGCCCAUCCGCAGGCCUCGAGCUUCUCGCACACAGACGGGGCACAGCCAGCGCUUGGGCAGCGACAGCGCGGGGGAGACGUGAGACUGUUUCCCUGCGACAGCGCAGUGGGUCAGCAUGUCGCGAUUAACAAGGUUCGACAGGGGGCUGGAGCAAUAGCACAGCGGGGAGGGCGUUUGCCUUCCACUCGGCCAACCCGGGUUCGAUUCCCAGCAUCCCAUAUGGUCCCCCGAGCACCGCCAGGGGUGAUUCCUGAGUGCAGAGCCAGGAGUGACCCCUGAGCAUCGCCGGG